AUGUACUCUCCUGCGCUCGAGGCGGCCCUCCGAGAUGUGGUGCCUUCAACCGACCCUCUCGACGCCCCCGACUUCAACCCGAUUUCGCACAUCAACAAGCUCUUCCCCAACGAGGAGUCGCUCGGUCGCGCGGACAGUUUCUCGGCCGAGCUGCAGGACCAGAUGACUGUGCUCGACGAGGAGAUCCUGCAGACGGUGCGGCAGCAGACGAGCGCCGGCUCGAGCGCGCGCAAGGACCUCGAGGGAGGCAAGGCGGCGAUGCGCGAGCUGUUCGACAAGGUGCGAGACAUCAAGGCCAAGGCGGAGCGGUCGCAGACGAUGGUGCACGAGAUCUGCCGCGACAUCAAGUCGCUCGACUACGCCAAGCGGCACUUGACGCUCACGAUCACCGCGCUCAAGCGGCUGCAGAUGCUCGUGACUGCGACGGAGCAGCUGUCGGUGAUGACGCGCGAGCGGAUGUACGCUGAGGCGGCCAACCUCCUCCACGCCGUCACCCAGCUCCUCGCCCACUUCGAGGGGUACGCCGGCAUCCGAAAGAUCGACGAGCUGCGUGCGCAGGCGGGCCUCGCCCCCGCCGCGGCGACCGCCCUGGCGGAGGCGGCGACCGGCGGAGCACCCCCCCCCCCCCCCCCCCUCGCCCGUCGCAGGCACGCCUUCCAGCCGUACGGGGACGCUGGCUCGCUCGACAAGACGGAGCUGCGGUGCGGCUGGCGGCUCGCCCGCCGGUCAGUGCUUGAAGAGUGCCGAGAGGCGCGCGGCUCGCUCGACGUGGCGGUGCUGACGCACGCGCUGCAAAAGACGGUCGAGUUCGAAAAAGAGAUGCACGCCCGCUUCAGCGCCGAGGCGCGCGACCGCGAGGGCGGCGAGGGCGGCGAGGGCGAGGGCGGCGGAGAGGGCGAGGGCGGCGGAGAGGGCGGCGGCGCCGCCGCGCGGGCGCAAGCGCCGGACCCAGCGGCGCUGCUCGGCUCGAUCUCGUCGUGCUUCGACUCGUACAUGUCCAUCUACGUCUCGCUCGAGGACAAGCAGAUCGGCGAGGCGCGCGCAGCCCGCCGCGGCCGCGCCGAGAGGGGGGGGGGGGGGGGCGCGCUCGCCAAGCUGCUCGAGGGCGAGACGUGGCAGGUCGCCGCGGCGGGCCGGCCCGACGGGCGAGUCUUCACCUCGUCCAAGGAGCUCUUCAUCGCGCUCAAGCGCUCCUUCAAGCGAGGGACGGCGCUGCAGAUGGACGCGGUCCUGUUCGAGCUGCAGCGCGUGUGGGGCAAGCACUUGCGCGCCUACGCGAAGCGGGUGCAGGAGAAGCUCGCCGCCGUCGGGCAGCCGGCGGAGAUGACCAUCGCGCCGAGCCUCAGCCUGGACGCGGCGCAGCAGCACUUUGUGUGCGCGGUCGUCAACACGUCCAAGUAUUGCUCCGAGACGACGGGGCAGCUCGAGGAGUCCAUCGUCAAGGCGAUGGAGGGGGAGCACGGCGGCAAGGUCGACAUGUCGCCCAUCCAGGAGGAGUUCCAGGCCGUCGUCACGUCCGGCAUGAAGGUGCUCGUCGCCGCGCUCGAGUCGCGCAUCGCGCCGUGGGACGCGAUGGAGGAGCUCGGCGAGGACACGUCGCCCUACAUGCUCGAGGUCGCCGCCAAGGCGCGCGAGAUGAUGCCGCAGCUCGGCGAGGCGCUGCUGCCGCUCUACGUCAAGUUCUUCUGCGACAAGUUCGUCCAGUCCUUCGUGCCGCGCCUGAUCGGCUCCAUCUACCGCUGCAAGCGCAUCGGCGAGGUUGGCGCGCAGCAGAUGCAGGCCGACGUCGGCACGCUCAAGGCGACGCUGCUCGAGCUUCCCACCCUCGGCCAGGCGAGCGCGACGGCCAUGUACACCAAGCUGGUGACCAAGGAGGUUGCGGCGGCGGAGCAGGUGCUCAAGCUCGUGCAGACGCCCGAGGACAUGCUCGAGGAGACGGUGCAGGAGAUGGACCGCAACGGCAUCUCGAUCGACCUCCAGAAGAUCCUCGAGCUCAAGGGGCUCAAGAAGGCGGACACGGAGCGGCUCAUCGAGGCGUACAACCUCAUGCAGUCCUCCGCCUCCGAGGGGGGCAAGAAGAUCAAAAAGAUGCUCAACCUCGCGGGCGGCCAGUCUCUGCUCAACUUCUGAGAGCACUAAACGGGAGAGCCGAUGCAUCCUCGGGAGGCGGCGUGUGACGCUGACGGUCCGGCAGUAUGUUUCCCCCCGCUAUCUGGCAACCCCAUGCAGCUGUCGGCGCGCGGCGCUAGCUGUCGGCGCGCGGCGCUGUGCGUGGGGUCUCCCACGUCCCAGCCGCGCGAUCGCGCGUUCGCGUUUUUUCGUACUGCGGUGAAAAAAAGUAGAGAUAAACAGUUA